AUGUGCUCUUCGUUCCUUACGUUGUUUCUCGCCGGAUGGAAUGGAGGCUCUACGGGGGCUUUGAUCCCAUACAUCGAGAAGGCAUUUGCGAUUACCUAUGCACACGUCGCCAUCCUCUUCGUCUGCACAUUUAUUGGCUAUCUGGUAGCGGCCGCUGGAGCUGGGGCCCUCGCGCGGAGGGUCGGUUUCGGCUACGCCCUCUGUAUUUCCGUGAUCGUUGAGUUGACAGGGAAUAUCAUCAAUAGCUCACAGCAGAAGAGUUUCCCUCUGAUGUGCUUUGGUUUCCUCGUUGUAGGGAUGGCUUUCGCGACGCAGCUCGGGCUUUGCAACGCGUACUUCGCCGCUCUACCCAAGCCCCUUAUGUGGACAGGCAUUUUGCACGGCAUCUAUGGACUAGGCGCAUUUGCCAGCCCGUUGGUAGCGACUGCCAUGACCACCCACGGUGUCCCUUACCACUUCUUCUACCUGACCAACGUUGGGAUGAACGUCCCCGUUCUCGCCCUGGCAUGGCUCGCGUUCCACGAUCUGCAGGCCCUGCCGAAGCAUCCCGCUGAGAACGGGCCGGAGAAUAGCGAGAACAUGACCAACUCUGCUAUCAGCGGUACGAUAUUGAAGAGCCGCGCUGUAUGGACACUGUCCAUGUUCCUCCUCUUCUACGUCGGGUGCUUCCCAUGUAGCGGCGGUUGGAUUGUAUCUUACAUUUUGGAGGUGAGGAAGGGCAGUCCGGAAGGGGCGUCCUGGGUUGCGUCUGCUUUCUACCUCGGUGUCGCCGUUGGUAGGAUCGCACUUCCCGCUCUGAACAUACUCAUGGGGGAACGUCUCGCGGUCUUCAUCUACCUACUUUGCGCCAUCGGCCUCGAAUUCUUGGCAUGGUGGAUUCCCGUCUUCGCAUCGACAGCGGUGUGCACGGCCUUCGUCGGCCUUGCCAUCUCUACUUUCUACACAGCGGCGAUCACCACUGGCGGGAAGCUGAUCCCUCGCAGCAUGCAUGCGGACGCGUUUGCGCUCAUUAGCUCCAUCGGACAGAGCGGCAGCGCGUUAUGGCCGCUCGUCGUGGGUGUUAUGAGUACGAGGAGCGGCAUUUGGGUCGUAGAGCCGACUGUGGUGGCACUUCUAGGAGCGCAAGGCAUCUGCUGGGCGCUGGUGCCGCGUGUAACACGGAGGACGGAGUGA